AUGAUCCCCGAAUGCCCACGCGACGGGGACUCGAGGAGCCGAACCCGCCUCCAGUACAGUCCGGCGACCGAACCGAACCAGGACCGCGACAGCAGUGGCUUGCUUUCCGAAAUCAAAACCACCAUCAGUAACGAGCCUUUCACCGACCACUACACCAUUAUUCCCGGCAAAGAACUCGGACGGGGGAAGUUUGCUGUGGUCAGAAAGUGUGUGGAGAAAUACACAGGUAAUGAGUAUGCUGCAAAGUUCAUGAGGAAGAGACGAAAAGGGCAGGACUGCCGGAUGGAGAUCAUCCAUGAGAUUGCAGUGCUUGAGCUGGCCACAGCCAGUCCCCGAGUGGUCAACCUCCAUGAGGUCUAUGAGAUGGCUUCUGAGAUGGUGCUGGUUCUGGAAUUUGCGGCUGGAGGAGAGAUCUUUAAUCAGUGUGUGUCAGACCAGGAGGAGGAAGCCUUCAGUGAGGAGGAUGUGAGGAGGCUCAUGAGACAGAUCCUGGAGGGAGUGGCAUUCCUCCACCAGAACAACGUGGUCCACCUUGACCUGAAGCCCCAAAACAUCUUGCUGACCAGCAGCUGUCCUCUGGGUGACAUUAAGAUUGUGGACUUCGGUCUGUCCAGGAUGAUCAGCAGCCACCACGAACUCAGAGAGAUUAUGGGAACCCCGGAGUAUGUUGCUCCCGAAAUUCUGAAUUAUGAGCCGAUAAGCACGGCAACAGAUAUGUGGAGUAUUGGUGUGUUGGCCUACGUGAUGCUGACAGGAAUCUCUCCGUUCCUGGGCGAAGACAAACAGGAGACAUUUCUUAACAUUUCCCAGCUCAAUGUGAGCUACACCGAGGACGGGCUGCAGCAGCUGGACCAGGCUGCUCUGUCCUUCAUCCAGAUGCUGCUUCGCAAACAGCCACAGGAGCGGGCCACAGCAGAGCAGUGUCGUACACACCCCUGGCUUCAGUCCUCAGAGCCUCAGGAAACUCAGACAGUGGAAAAGAUCCUCUCAGCAGAGGACCAGAAACCAUCCAGCGCCUCCAGUAGCUCCACCUGUAGCCCUGAACCUCCCAGCAGCACCAGCACAGCAGAGGAGGAGGAAGAUGUGGAGGAAGAUGUGAAGGAAGGCCCUGUGACAGAGGAGCUGAUAGUCAUGGCAGCCUACACACUGGGUCAGUGCCGCCAGUCCUCCAACUCCACCUCAGAGAAGGAAGCUCUGGCUACUGAGCAAAAGGCAAUUUCCAAACGCUUUAAGUUUGAAGAGCCCUUCAGUGCCCUGCAGGAGGUCCCUGGAGAGUUCAUCUACUGACCUCCACCUACCACAUAUACCACCAGCUUCUGACAGAGAAGUUAGUGUUGUCACAGUAACAAAAAUAAGCCUUCUGAUUAUACAAACUCCCUUCCAUCUAUACUGUAAGUGUAUAACCAGAUGUUGCUGUACAAUCAAUCUCUUGCAAAUAUAACUGUUGGAUUUCAAGUGCAUUAAGUAAGAACCUACUCACAUACUUCUCCCAUAAUGCAUCAAGACUAAAUUAGCUUGAUUCCCAACCUCCUACAGUAGCUGCAGUAUGUUGCGUCUCAUUUAGGUUGCUGUUGUACUUUUCAUGUCCACCCUGAAGAAUUGGCUAAAUGUACAUAGUGUGACACACAGAGUUGUUUCCACAAGCUAUAUUUUGGACAUUGAACUUCAACUGCUGCUUUUUGAAGAGUGAGGUCAUCUUUCUACAACAGCCAUUUUACACCAACUUUAAAUGAUCAAGCAGGGAGAUGUUUUUUUUCU